GUCAAGUCAAGGCUCAAUCACGUCGGAUAUAUCGUCACCGAGCUUUAAUUUUUCGUUUACAGAAAGCCUUUCUCCUGCAGAAAGCAAUUGUACAGUCAGAGAAGAGGAAAAGAAUCAUCUUGAGGAUGUUCAGCACACAUUCAAUGACUUUAUGGAGGACGUGCUACAGAAUCAGACCUUACCAACGUAUGAUUUGGGUAAGAGUAAUUAAAACACAGCUGCCAAGAAAUGCUUAAGUUCUGUAGAAAUGAUUGACAGGCUGAAUGCCUUGUCUUCUAUAAUUGAAUACCAAGAUAACCUAAACUGGUCAUUACCACCCGAAUCCGCUCAAGAGAUUCAAAUAUGGCUAGAUCAAUUGUCUGCGAAUAUUCAAGGACAGGACAACAACAUGUAUCCAAGUGUUGUUGUCACUGAUGAACCUUUUGAAGAAGCGUUUUCAUCUUUUAUAUCUGAUCAGCAUGUAAUUCAUGAUAGCAUUUAUCCUAAACUAGACGACCUACCUACAGAUCCAUAUCUGACUUUCACACCCGAACCAUCUAUUACCGAACCCAAGAUAGAUUCCCCUCCAUCGUCCCCUAAACCACCACCUUUACCCCCACGCAAUAAAUCCGUCGAUAAUUCAAGUUUUAGUGCACAGUUCUGGUCACCAGGUUAUAUUUAUUCACAUCAACAACCACAACAACAAGAAGAAGAACAACAACAGGAACAAGAACAAUUACCUUCUGAAGCAAUUGAUUUUACAGUCAAUACGCGUCCAUCAAUGAAAGUAACAUCAACAUUUGAAACACAACAAAAGACAUACAGUAGCAUCACACCUAAACUAGAUUCUAAUUCAUUCAAUGACAAAAAAGAGCUGGUACACAUGAUGAACGUCUUCUCCUCACCUCAAGAUGACUCAAGUAAAAAAAAGAAGAAACAAGAAACGGUGCUCUAUCCGCCAUGUGAACAAGAAAAUCAAGAUUCACCUUAUGCUGAUCUAGUAAGCAUGGUUAGUAAAUUAAAAAUAGAAGAUGAAGACAGUUUGAGAAAGCGUCAUGUCUUGAUCAUUGAUGCCCUUAAAAAGACACUUGUCCACUGAUUUCCCCUUUUAUACAAAUAGCCAAUGAAAAGGAAAUAUUUUUCUCUAUUGUCGUCUAGUCAAUGUAUAAUGGGUGCAUAAUAAAAACCCUCUGUCUCUCUCUCUACUUUAUCUCACAUGAGUCGCAC